GGUGGCCUCUUCCCAUAAUCAUAAGGAAUAACUUCAUUUCCAUUCUAUAAGGUAAUUUGUUUUAUAUAUAUUGUUAUGACGAGGGUCAUGCAGCUGUGUGUGUUGUCUGGAGUUUUGUGGUAUGUGGCGUGUGUGCUGAUGAGGCGAGCUUCGUAUGUGUGUGGCAUGUCGGGUGGGUGUUGACAUGUCGGUAGGUGACAGUGUGCUGGGUGAUGAGGAUGAUAAUGAGGCCGUUGAUGAUGAUGCCAGUGAUGUUGAUGAUGAUAAUGCUGGUGAUGAGGGUGAUGAUGUUACACUGUUCCACUGUGAUGGUAUUGGUGGUUAUUUGAGAGGUGGAGAAGGAGGGUGUUGCUAACUUCUCGAUUGGUGCCUACAAUCUUUCCCAUUUAACGAUGUUACCUGCGAAUAAGUGACACUUUCUACUUCGACAAUCUAGGGUAAACCUCGAAUCUAGGGUAAAAUCGACAAAAAUGUAGGGUAAGAUUUCAUCAACUCAUGGAAGCACUGUGCUCGGCUGACGGCUCUCGCAGGCGCCAGUCGGUCACACAACUACAACCGGGCCGCCGGGCGUGUGGAUCAGCUGUUGCCACGAGUGACAACUAAUUGCAAGAUCUACAAUGAAUAUAUUACCCUCAAGACUAUGGGCAGUGCAGGCAAGAGUGGGCAGUGUGGCAAGGCUCCACACCAGUCCUCCGGUGCAUGAGAUACGGAAGAUGGCAAGACUCAGAGUAGUUGAUAACAGUGCACUGGGAAAGUCUGCUAUGCUGGAGGGAAGGCCACCGAAGUGUAUACACAUAUAUAACAAGAAGAGUAUUGGGGUCACAGGUGACAAGGUGCUAGUUGCCAUCAAGGGUCAGAAGAAGCAAGCUAUCCUAACAGGCUGCCACCAGGACCAGAAGCCUCUCAUGCCAAAAUUUGACAGCAACAACAUUGUGCUCAUUGAUGAGAAUGGUUCACCACUGGGCACCAGGAUACAUGUACCCAUUCCAACAAUGCUCCGUAAAAAACUCACAGAUAUGUCACGACCAAAAGGUGCAGAUUAUACAAAAAUAUUAUCAAUUGCAACACGUUUUAUAUAAAUUGUGGAAGCCCAUCAAAUGUCUUCUAUUGUUAAAUUAUAGUUUCAUUUACAUAUAAGCUAGUAUAAUUUGUACAAAUUGUAAAUAAAUUCAAUAGUAAAUGAAAAAAAA